CCUUUUUGGAGGGUCCCAUAUUUUCUGUCUCUCUCCUCUCACUAUAAUAUAAGGGGCUUUCCUCAAGUGAUUGCCAAGUUAUGGUAAUUAACUCAACAACACCAUUGUCAUUUCUCAACCUUUUUCCUUUCUUUCUUUUAUUUCCUUUUCUAUGCUUCCAAAUAAAAAAAAUAUUCUCUUGAGCUAAUAAUAAAAACUAUACCAUUAAAACAAACUUACAAAUAUAGUAAUCAAAUGUGGUGUUGAUUAUAAGUGAUCAAGUAUUGAGAAAAUGAUGGAAAUACAAAUUCCUAUUAAUAGUAACAUAGAUAGUCUUGGUAACAACAAUGAUAUCAAUAAAAGUAGUAGUUGUCCUUCUAGUCCAACAAAGACAAACCCGAUUCAACUAAAUUCCCCUAAUUCAAAUUCCGACCCCGCAAAAACGCCGACUAAACGGGCUCGAGACUCGGGUGGGAAACACCCGGUCUAUCGCGGAGUCAGAAUGCGAACUUGGGGAAAAUGGGUAUCAGAAAUCCGUGAGCCAAGGAAAAAGUCCCGAAUUUGGCUUGGGACUUUCCCAAAGCCCGAAAUGGCAGCCCGAGCCCAUGAUGUAGCUGCUUUAAGCAUAAAGGGUGAGUCAGCCAUACUUAACUUUCCUGAACUCGCUGGGUUGUUACCUCGACCGAGUUCACUCAGUCCGCGUGAUGUUCAAGCAGCAGCAGCUAAAGCAGCUUCAAUGGAGAAUUUUGAUGAUAUUUCAUCAUUAUCAUCUUCAUCAUCAUCUGGGUUAUCAUCACUAUCAUCAUGUUCUUCACUUUCUUCAAUGGUGUCAGCAAUGGAGUUAGGAAACUCAGACGAGUUGAGUGAAAUCGUUGAGUUACCGAGUUUAGGACCGGUUGAUGAUUUAACUGAGUUGGGGACCGAGUUUGUUUAUAAUUUUGAUAAUGGUACGAGUGGGGAUGGGUGGAUAUAUCAUCACCCACCAUGGAUGAUGCAUUGUAUGCAAGAUUUUGCUGUCGUGCCUGAAAAUGUAAUUUCAACUGGUUUUGAAGCCUUAUUAUGGGAUUAUAUGUGAGUCAUUAUUUUUUUUUUCUAAAUUUUUUUUUGUAAGAGUGUUUAUUUUUUUUUAAUUUUUUUUUGUUACAAAAUUUGUGUGUAUAAUUUGCUCUUUAUCUUUUAGUGAGUCUAAAAUUAUUCCUCAUCUUUUUGUUUGGAGGACUAAUUAUGAACUUGUUUCUUUUUCUUUUUUCUUUUUUUUAUCUUUAUGUAUAAUCUUCUCUCAAACCCAAAUUCCAAUAAUCUUGAAAUAUUCAAGAACUUGUUUGCAUUAAUUUAUCUUAAUUGAUUUUUCUCUACCAA